UAAUGAAAACGUCUUUAAGACUCUGCUUCUGCAAUGUUUUACACAUUUAGAACAAUUCCAGACUUGAAAUUCGAGUUUUACAGUGUUUUAAAUGGGUUGUUGCUGUAGGAAGUUAAGACAAUGCAAUCAGUAGACAGCCACGUGCUCGCCAAGUUUGUUUCGCCUCAAACAGAAAGUAUGAAAAGCCAAGACAGGGAAAGCAGUUAGUAAAAUAACCAACUAACUUAAAACAGCGUGCUUUGUAAGCUUUGUGCUGUGUGUUCUCUAUAAACUUAUCUUGUUUAAUUUCCUUUAACGCAGUACGACAGUCCACAUGAACAUAACUUAAACAACACUGCAUGCAAAAUGAAUUAUUAAAUGCGCCAGGCGGUUUAUUUAAUGGAAAGCUAGCAUACACAGAGGCUAAAGAUGGCUAAUUUUAAUCAUUUUAUAUUACUUUGUGCUAGAGGUAGGAGGACAUAAGUUGCUAUGCGUAAUAGGAGGAGGAGUGGAAGUUGGGACGCAGCGCAGCUCUUGUGUUGAUAGUCGGAUUUAAACAUGAUGACAGUCCUGUUAUUGCCUACCUGGAGCACAGUUUGACCAAAUCUGACAAAGAUGGUGUCUUCCUUCAUAUGUAUCUCCCUGUCAUCUAGGCAUUGCAUGUGCCAACUUUUUUCUGUGAAUAUGCCUUUGUGAGAAGCUGGCUCGCCACCCUCGCCGGGAUUCCCCGCAAUAUUUUCAACAAGAGAGGAGAAAAAAAAUUCUGCAAAAAUGGACAAAGAAAGUAUUGGUACUCAAUAUGAGCCUGUGGCCGAGAUUGGAGAAGGCGCUUAUGGGAAAGUGUACAAGGCGAGAGAUCUGAAGAACGGGGGACGCUUUGUAGCCCUAAAAAGAGUUCGUGUCCAGUCGGAAGAAGAAGGUAUGCCUCUCUCCACCAUCCGGGAGGUGGCGGUACUGAAGCAGCUUGAAGCCUUUGAGCACCCCAAUGUUGUCAGGUUGUUUGACGUGUGCACAGUCUCACGGACUGACCGAGAAACCAAACUCACUCUGGUCUUUGAGCACGUUGAUCAGGAUCUGACCACCUACCUGGAGAAGGCCCCUGACCCAGGAGUACCACCUGAGACCAUCAAGGAUAUGAUGUACCAGCUGCUCCAGGGACUGGACUUCCUGCAUUCACACCGAGUGGUCCACCGUGACCUGAAACCCCAGAAUAUCCUGGUUACCAGCGGAGGACAGAUCAAACUGGCCGACUUUGGUCUAGCACGCAUUUACAGCUUCCAGAUGGCACUCACCUCUGUGGUGGUGACAUUGUGGUACAGAGCCCCAGAAGUGCUGCUCCAGUCCAGUUAUGCAACACCAGUGGACCUGUGGAGUGUUGGCUGCAUCUUCGCUGAGAUGUUCAGGAGAAGGCCGCUGUUUCGAGGAAACUCAGAUGUUGAUCAGCUGGGGAAGAUUUUUGAUGUUGUUGGGGUACCUUCAGCAGAGGACUGGCCCCAGGAGGUGGCCCUUCCACAGAGUGCCUUCACCCCACGGCCACCUAAGCCAAUAGAAGACUUGGUUCCGGACAUGGAUGAGCAAGGACGGGCUCUCUUAAUGCAAUUCCUCGCCUUUAACCCCUCCAGGAGAAUAUCAGCCUUUGAUGCACUGAGUCACCCCUAUUUUCAAAGUGUGGACAGCCACAGUCGAAGUGUGUACGCGGCCCAGCCUAUCCCCAGCAACAAGCCCACUAUGGAGGAGAGGACUGCCUGACAGUUCUCCUUCAUCUUUAAUCAUCCCAUACAGUGUCUAUAAAAAGUACUCAACUCAUUGUUUUACAGUCUUGUUCAUGUUUUGUUGUUUUUGCAGUGUUAAGUCUAAGUAUAAUAAUUAACCUGAUCACCAGAAAAAUCUUGAAUGUCAAAGUGAAAACAAAAAAGCAAAAACACAGAACUCAAAAUAGUCUGUUUAAAAAUAGAUUCACCCUCUCAAGUCAAUAUUUAGUAGAAGUACCUUGGUGAAUCUGCAUUAGUGUUACACAUUUAGAUCAUACCGUGUUUCUCCCUUGCAUAACUGCUCAAGGUCUAUUAUACUGCAUGGUCAACUGUGACUGAACAGCACAUUUUAAGCUCUGCUUCAAACUCUUAAUGGAACUGAGGUCUUGAUUGUACAGUAAUUUGGCUGCCUGAAUGUUUUCCCUUUGAAGACAGUCCUGUGCAGCUUUGGGUCUGCUUGAAAAACUCUUCUCCCAACACUGCAGAUUUUCCUCCAGGGUUCUUCUGUAUUUUGUUUGUGUUUAUUUUACCCUUUGGCUUCACAGGUUUUCCAGGGCUUGCUGCAAAGCCACAUUGCUACAGAAUGCUAGCAAACCCCAAGCCUUGCCUAGCAUUUAGUUUGUUUGUCAAAAAGCCUGAUUUUGCUGUUAUCCCUUCAUGAAGCCUUGUUUCCUAUCACAUACCUUUAGGCAAGGGCAGAAAUGAGAUUGAGAUCAUGACAUUUUCUUAACACUAGCUUUCUCUUGGCCAUUUGGCCAUCAAGCUAGGGCAAGCAUCCAUGCAGCAGUUGCUGUAGGUUGAAAAUCUUCCAUCUCCUUUAGGCAACUAUCUAACAUCUGUGUCUUUUUGAUAACCGUUAUAGGUUGGUUUCAGACUUCUGUUCUCUUAGUGUAGUUUAUGCCCAUUGUUGGGUCCUACAGAUACAGGUGCAUUUAUCUUAAAGCACAGAUUAUCAUCCUAUUUUGCAGCAUCUAAAAGCAGGUGCCUGCACAUGUGAUAAAUUGUCAUAGAUAAGAGGGUUAAUACACUGCCCUUUAGAUCCAUUUGCCAAGAUUUUUCUCUUUGACAUUCAAGAGUUUUUCUGAUAAUCAGUGUCAAAAAUUGUAACAUGAUUGCAUUAUAUAUAUAUGAACUCAAACAUGAAAUGGACCACAGCUAAUACUUUUUAUAGUCAUUGUACAAACCUCUAGGAAAGUAGCUAAAAAAGAAAGAUUACAGCAAUGUUCUCAUCCCUAAACAAUGCAUAAAAGCUGUCCUCCAUCCAUAAAUGGAUGGAUUGUACAGUACUUGCUGCUUUAACGUAAUAAUAAUUCAUUGUGUUAACAAUGCAAAGACACUUGCAUCCUAGAUGAAUUGUUAUUAGUGGCCAGACAGACUGUAGGAGCCAUGAAGCAGGGGCCUCUUUAUAACCAGUGUUGAGCCUUGCAAGAGCCCUCUUGACUCGGGGACCAGACCAUACAGGAACCUGGGUUGACAGCUCAAAUCCCACCUCCCCUAAUGCUUACUGUGGAUUUAUGCAGCAAGCAGAUAUACAAUGCAAGCAUGUUCACAGACACAACAUUUGGUGUGCGCUCAACCAUUGACACAUUACACAUGUACAAGUCUACCAGCCAGUCACUUCUGUGCCGACUUUCAGUUAUAUAUGUGUUAUAUUACUGCCACCUUGAGGAUGUUUUCAGUAACUGCAGACCAGUAGCAGGAUUCUAAUGGUUUCUGCACUCAAGGAACUCAUGGGCUAACCGUGCUGAGACAGUGUUGAGAGAACCUUGUAUAAAGGUUCCUGCCACCCAGUUGGUGUUUGUUACUGCCACUGUGGGCUUCUUUCAUUAUGAAAUACAAAUAUUAUUUACUAUUUGAAUUAUACAGUAAUGCACAGACUUGCAGUGGGUGGAGAGAGUCCCAACAGCACUAUUCUACAUGAAAGCAUUUGGCACAGUAUUGUCACCUAUUUUCGGUAUUUAAUUUUAAUUUUAUUGUCAAAUUGUAUGGCUUUCAUCAAGUAGAUUUUUCUUAAUAUUCUGGGACAUACUUGUUCUUACACCAAUUAGACCAACUCUUUAGAUGAUUACAAAAUUUGUGUAAGAAUAGUUUGAUAGUGUAAGGAAUAUCCAGAUGGUAGGCAUUUGUACUGUCCAGUAUGUAGUGCCGAGUACAAGCUGUAAUGAAAACUUUUGAUACAUGCGUCGUCAGCCCAUAGAUAUGUUGUAAAAAUGGAUAGAUGUAGAGUAGCGAGGGUCAGUGGAAUGUUGCAUGGUAGGAGUAUUUUGUUUGUUGAAAAUGUUGGAUGGUUCUGUGGGCGCUUGUUGAAUUUCAUUUACUUUGGAUUGAGAGUGAUUAAGAACUUUACAGUGGUUUUUAUAAUGAAAAUAAUGCACAAAUAUUUUGUGGAUAGUUUUUACUUUAUAAUGAGACAUACUGUAAACAAAAUUUUUACCAGCAAGGAAAACGCAAGUAAGCAGAGUUGUAUUUUUGUAUUUAGUAGUUCUUGCAGAACAGUAACAUAUUUUAACACUGGGUUACGUUUUCUUAACAGGUAGUGCUGCUAGCACACACAUACAGUGGGUACGGAAAGUAUUCAGACCCCCUUAAAUUUUUCAAUGGACAGCACCCAAGUUAAAU